AUGGCAAGAACUCAAAAAUGGACUGUGCAUGAAGGUGCUUCUGAACCAAGAUACUUCACCCACAACGGACAUAUUGACACAAAUCCAAAUAAAGUCAGUAAGGAAGGAAAUGGCAAAUUCAAUUGGGGUAAACCAGGUGACGAAUUAGAGGACGAAGAAUUGGGUGACAUUAAUUUCUUCAAGAAGUCACCAAGAAGAAACUCUAAUCACUCGCAGAAUGAGGCUCAAAUCCAAAGAGCGAUCGAGGAGAAAGACGCCACUUAA